AUGCGACGCCUCAUCGAGCGACAAGCGGAAGAUCAACGACGACGAGAUGCUGAGCACGAAAAAUUAAACCAGCAACUAAUGGAAGAAAAGAAACGCACCGAUAAGCUAGAAAAAGAGGUGAAAGACGAACGAGAAAAAAGGGAGAAAGCCGAACGAGAAAGAAAGGAGCAAGCUGAUCGAGAAGCAAAGGAGAAAGCUGAUCGAGAAGCACAGGAGCAAGCUGAUCGAGAAGCAAGGGAACAAGCUGACCGAGCGCAACUUCAAGAAUUUGCUGCACCUGGUACGUACAACGAACUUGGUCGAAAUUAUUUAUUUCUCCAAUCGUCACUAAUCAUCGAAGCAUUUUCAAAUGUUUAUUUCUAA